AUGGACAACGACUACUGGUCAUUCGAGUCCUGCCUAUCUGAACAACAGAAGAUCCCAUGUACACUGAAGCUCGAAGUUGGAAAUCAUGGCAAUCUACUGGGUGCUAGUGAAUCGGACUUGCACGUCGGUGGGAAAGUUAGCAUUCCGAUGUGGCUUGCACCUACUCUGAUUCUGAAUGACUGGCUCGACUUCAACAUCCCGCCUCCUUUUAUGCAGCGAGUGAAGCGGGCGCUGAACGCGGAUGCGCGAAGCGUACGACUCUCAGCGCUAGUGGGGAACGGAGGAGAGUGGUACGGGUUUGGCAAACUGGUGGCCGAUAUUCUCGAGGAAUCCCAGGCGAAAGAGCUGCAAGGAGUGCUGCUCACGACAUUCAAAGAGCGCUUUGUAGACCUCAUGGACCAAGCCCAGCAUUUCGGCAGCCUGCCAGGUUCUGCAGCGGAUAACAUGGGUGACAGAGGAUCAGACUUCAGAGAAGGGUUAGAGAUGACAGAACGAGAGUUGUUUCUGCUUGGGCAGGAAAGUGCGAAAGCUGUACGACUAUGGUAUGAGAGUACGGACCGGAAGGAGCACUGAAGUACAUACCCGC